AUGGCGAUGGAGCUCUCCUUCUUUGGCCCCUGCUCCGCCGUCAUCGCCGGGCAGGCUCUUCCGGUCGGUACUCGGCCAGUCCUCCCCGCUCAUCCCCCCCUCGCGGUUGCGCUCGGGGGAAGGAAACCGAUCCUGCCGCUGUGCGCCGCGUCGAAGACGGCGUCUGCGGCCAAGGAGGAGAAGAGGCCACCCCGGGGCAUCACCAAAGCUCGGCCCGUCUCUCCCGCAAUGCAGGAGCUAUUAGGCGUCGCGGAGAUACCCCGCACUCAGGCCGUCAAGCAGAUUUGGAACUACAUUAAGCAGAACGACCUCCAGGUAUCGUAUUCCCUCCUCAUGCAGUCGUGCCAGUGCUUUACGUGCGGAAUGUUUUAUUGUUAUGUUACCUGUUCCAGUUCCCUCAUUGCUUUAGCUUUCUCAGAAUCCUUUAAUUGAUCCAUGGGAGACGAAGAGUUACAUUAACUCCUUGGAUAGUUAAUGGAUUUUUACGAGCCAUGCGUUGAAAUUUGUCAUCGCUCACUUCAGGGCGUUGAAGUUUUCUUUAGUAUUCUCAAUCCCUUCCUUACAUUUCCAUCUAUCUAUAAACAUAGCUCACUUAUUUCGGCCGUGCCGAACGGUUAAAGAUCGAUUGUAGCACAUGUUCAUGUCUUACUGCCGAAAUGUUAUGCAUAUAAAUGAGAUUUCUUCUUUGAAAAUAAUUAGGAAGCUAGCAUGCCCGUAGCAUUAAUCCAAGAAGAAUGGGUUAAUUGAGAUUUUGUAAAUGAAAAGGAAUGUAUCCUAUAUUUUGAAUCGAAAUAAAUAUACCCUCGAAGGUAACUGCGAAUAACCUUUACAGGUUUUCGAUGAGGAGGGCUAGUCCAAUGAAGAAGCAUAAUUUUGCAAUAUGAAUGCACUGUUAGGAAACUUGGUGGAAUAGAAAUGGUCUCUACGCUUGUAUCGUGGCACUCCAUGUUGAAUGUGAAUGCAUUAUGGUGCUGAGCUUUUGUGCAAUCCAUCACAGCUCGUAAUAAAUCACUCAUACCCAACAGAGAAGAAUUUCUUGGGUCAAUAAUUUCAGAGCCGUUUAUUUUUUCCCCUCGCUAUUCCGGUUGCCAUCUGACCUUAUCCAAUGGAUGUGUGUUUUUAACCAAUGAACUAGACUUCCCACUUAACCUAGAGCAUCAUCUUCUGCUUUUAAUGAAGUGGACAGGCACUGCAAGAAUUUCGUCAGCGUUUUCUCACUCUUGAUAUCACUGCUCAUUAAUAAUUUUUAUAGUUCCGCAUACAUGGGUUUCAGUUCCUUCUUCACUAUCUUUCUUUUCGGAGUUUGAGUUUUCUAGUAGUAGUCCCGCAGAGAUGCGCCAUAGGAAAUGGGUGAGCAUACAUCUAGAAUUGAAGUCGUUUCAUCACAAUCAUGAAAUGUCUUCAUCAUUGGGAUGAACCGGGAAUUCAUGUCCUCCCACUCCUGUGGUACGAGUUAUUCCUGGUUGGAUAUUUGCGCCAUGUCUUUGCAACUAUCCUUUAUUAUGGCCCUCAAUUCAUGCUUCUGUUUUAGAAAUAUGCAUCAUGUACCCACUUCAUGCAGCAUUUCAGCAACUUCUCAGAUGGAAGAUUAGUCUGUUGAAUGAUCUUAUCUAGUUCCCGGACUGAAUCUGACUAUAGCAUAAAGAACUCCCCAGAAGCCUUUGACUCGGGUGCAGAUUUUGAGACUUCCGAGCAUUGGUUAUAAAUGCUCUGAUGACUGACAGAGCAAUGAUAGCUGUCCCCAUAAACCAAGCAUCUUUAUUUCUACAUAAAUAAUUUCGGUCGUCAGCUUUACGUUGCUAAAAGAAGAGGCGAUUGAUCGACGGUUCUCGGCUAGUUAGUUUCUAUAUCCCGAAACCACCCAUCACCUGGUUGUCGGUGUGGAUGUCUUCUUGCAGUAUGUCCCUCGACUGGGGGACGUUGGAGUGAUGAAUAAUACGAUGUAAUCUGCGUCAUUAUCUUCUGAUACUGGCGUCCACUUUGCUCUGCCAAGGGUUUACCUCUCAUCUCGCACCUCCUCCCCUUGCAGGACCCAACGGACAAGAAGGUGAUCAUAUGCGACGAGAAGCUGAAGCCCAUAUUCGGCGGCCGCGAUCGCGUCGGAUUCCUCGAGAUCUCGGGGCUGAUCAACCCCCAUUUUACGAAAUGA